AUGGACAAGGCGACGGGGGAGCCGACGACGGACCCGAAGAGGAGGAUGAAGUACGCCGACACGAUCGCGAAGACCACGGCGAGCAUGGGCGCCACGCUCGUGUCGUACGACCCGCAGGAGGGCGUGUGGGUGUUCCGGACGGAGCACUUCUCGCGGUACGGCGUCGCGGACGACAGCGACGACGAGGACGAGGACGCGGAGCGGGCAGGGGCCGAACAGGACGGGCGCGGCGCGGCGAACGGCGUCGAGCGCCCGGGGGGCGGGGCGGACCUCCGGGCGGGGGUCGUCGCGGGCAACGAGGCGGCGGCGGCGGCGGCGUGGGAGCACGACGACGACGCGAUGGAGGCGUCGCUCGCGGGCGGGGACUCGGUCGCGGGGUCCGAGGGCGAGUGGGGCGCGGACCGGGCGGUCGCCGGCGGCCGCGGGGGGGCGCUUUUUCGUGAGGGCGGCGUCGCAGUGCCAGCUGCGGCGGCGCCGCCCGCUGCGCCCGGAGGAUGCAGCUGGAUCACGCCCAGGGGCGACGCGAUGCGCGCCGUGAGGCCCUCGCGCGGGCCGCCGUCGUCGUCGCCCGUCGCCCUGGCGCCGGGGUCCCGCCAGGGCCGCGACGCCGCUCCGGCCGCGCUGCCGGAGACGAUCGGCCCGAGCGCGAUGGUCGACGCGGGGGCCUUCAUGGGGCGCUCGACGCGCGUCGGCUGGGCCGCGGGGUCCCGCCUGGCGUUCGCGGGCGGCCUCACGUGCGGGUACGCCGGCGUGGGCCCCGCCAGCGCGCGCGAGCAGCGCGGCGGCACGCGCGUGUCGUGCGUCACGGCCGCGUCGGCGUUCGCGGACCAGGGCGUCGAGGCCGCGCAGGCGCGCGUCGUGGCGCAGCUGCGCGCCCACCGCCGCUUCGUGGCCGUCGACGGGGGCGUCGCGCCCGCGGCUGCGGCUGUCGGCGCGCGCCGACGCCCCGCCGACGCACGCGCUACGCGCCCUCUGCGGCCGCCUGCGCGCCGCGCUCGAGGACCCGGUCCCGGGCGAGACCCCCCCGGGGGCCCUCCUCGACUUUCCCCGCGACGUCGACGACGACGCCGCCGGAGACGAGGGCGAGGGCGACGACGUCGCGAUGGCGGGCCCCGGCGCGAGCCCCCGGCAGCGGCGCGCCCGCGCCCGCGCGGCGUGGCCCCUCGAGGGCCAGAGGGUCCAGGCGCUGUGGGAGCAGGCGCUGGCGUGGGCGCUGGUGGUGGAGCUGUUCGAGGAGGUGGAGGGCGAGGACGAGGGGGCGGGCGACGACGAGGACGGGGGCGUGGCGUACCGGUACCAGCGGCAGUGGGCGGCCGCGUGGCGCCGGGCGCGCGUGGCGGAGCUGCUGUCCCGGGCGUGCGAGCCGGCCGCGCGCGCCGACUGCCACCUGACGCUGGAGGACUCGCGGAAGACCCCGAACCGCGUGUUCCUGCUGCUGUCCGCGCGGCUGCGCGCGGAGGCCGCGGGCGCCGCGGCCGCCGCGGGCGACCCGCGCCUGGGCGCGCUGGUGGCGGGCGCGGGCGGGCGCGGCGCGCGGCGCGCGACGUCGGCGCGCAGCUGGACGCGUGGGCGGCCGAGCGCCCGCACGGCAUCCUCGACGGCCGCCAGCCGGAGUCCCGCGCGCGGCGGCGCGUGUACACGCUCGUGUCCGGGCGCGUCUCGGAGGCGCUGCGGCGCUUCAAGGAGGAGGACCCGGGGCCGGACCUGCCGCCGCUGGACUGGCGGCGCGCGCUCGGGCUGCACUUCUGGUACGGCGCGGGCCCCGCCGCGGCGCUCGGGGACGCCAUCCAGGCGUACGAGGCGGACGUGGUGGGCGGCGUGGCGCCGCGCCCCGUGCCGCUGUACCGGGAGCGCGACGCGCUGUUCUACGGCGACGACAGCGCGGUGCGGAGGAUGGAGAACGCGACGACGUACGAGCUGCUGCGGCUGCGGACGGGCCAGGGCGUCGCGGGCGCGCUGGCGUCGGGCGGCGCGUCCUUCUGGGCCAAGCUCCUGCGGCCGCAGGGCCACACGCCCGACGCGCUGGACCUGUCGUGCGCGUGGCUGCUCGCGUCCGUGCUGGGCGCGAUCGGGCGGAUCGGCAGCGGCGCCGAGAGCCCCCCCGAGGCGCUGUGGGCCGCGACGGGGCUCGUGGACCAGCUGUGCGCCGACGCGCGCACCUCGCACUGGGCGCUCUACGUGGCCGCGCAGCUGCCGGACGACCACGCGGCGAGCCCGGGCCUGCGCGCGCGGUUCGUCGAGGACGUCGUGCUGCGCUUCGCGCCGUGCUGGGAGGAGGGCGGCGAGGCGGAGGCGCUGGCGCUCGACGUGCUGGGCCCCGCGGGGGGCGCGGCGCUGCUGGCGUACGCGCGCGCGGUGCACAUGGGCGUCGAGGGCGCGUGCGGGAGCGACGACGACGACGCGGAGCGCCGCGUGCGGCUGCUGCUGCGCGCGGGGCGCGCGGGCGAGGCGCUGGAGGAGCUCCUGGGCGGCGCGGCGCCGCCGGCCGCGGUGUGGCUGCUCGGCGGGGACCACGCGCGGCUGCGGCAGGUCCUGGAGGAGCUGCCGGAGGGCGCGGGGGACGCGCGGUGGCAGCGGCUGGUGGGCACGCUGGGGGCCUACUGCCGGCUGGCGGCGGCGAGCAUGCAGGCGGGCGGGCUGCGGCGGGCGGCCGAGGGCCGCGAGGGCGAGGCGCGGGAGGUGCUGGCGCGGCUGCUCUCCGGGCUCGCGGAGGGGGGCGGGGGGGCGUCGGCGACGCGGCGGGCGAUGCUCGCGGCCAUGGCGCGCAGCGCGGCGCAGUGGGCGCAGGACCUGGCGCAGGACGCGGAGCCCGUGCGGGCGUCCGCGGAGGCGUACGGGGACGUGCUCGGGCUGGGCGGCUGCCUGGCGCAGGACACGGCGGCGGACCAGGUGUGCUGCGCCGCCGCGCGCCUGCUCGAGGCGAUCGCGGCCACCUAG